AGGCGCAUAAUCCUGUUAAAAGCGGAGCCGCGCUACAGUACAGUAUGUGCGGCUCAGGGACCGCGUACAAACUGCAUGAACUCGUGUGAAAACGUAGAAAACUGCAAGUACAGUCAGUCAUUAAGGGAUAUUGGCAGAUGCCACUUACACAGGUCUACUACAGCUGAAGUUUAUGCAUAAUCUUUUUUUUCUUUCAAUUAAACAAGAAAUCCAUUGCACAUUUUCCCAUCGUUUUCGUCUCGGGUUCUGGGUUCGAUUCUCGCCUAGAGGGCUGUGUGCAUGGAGUUUUUCCCGUCCUUGUUGGGUUUUCCUCAUGCUUGGUGGGUUUCCUCCCACAGUCCAAAGACAUGCAGAAUAAGCUGACUGGCAUUCCCAAAUUUGACUGUCCUCUAGCGAGUAUCACAGGCAUUCCUCAAUGAGUAUAACAGUAGGCAUCGCCAUCAACUUUUAUAUCAGUCAGUGAGAAGGUCCAAAAUCAUGGUGUCACUGCUUCUGCUUUCUCUACCUCUGCUUCCUCUGGUCAUCACACUUUGCCACUCACCGCUGCGGGCCCUUUAUCGUUGUGUGUGUGAGAGAGUGCUGAAGGUCCUCCCUGGGAGAGUAUGUGUCAGACACAUACAUGCCUACAUCUUCUCUGAGUGUACCCACGGUCAGGCUGAAAGUGUGCUGGCUACAUUUGACCUUUAUAUAAAAACUCAGGCUUCUUUCAGCAUUGGACCAGAAAAAGGUGUGUUCCUGGAUGAGGUGGUACGAUGUAAGGCUCCUCUGAGGGUGCUGGAGUUGGGUAUGCACUGUGGCUACACCUCCGUCCGAAUACUGCGUCUGCUUCCAACAUCCGGCAAGCUGCUUACGGUUGAGGUGGACCCACUCACUGCUGAGAAAGGCGAGGAGAUCCUACUUGUUGCAGGUUUCAAAAAUUCACAGUUCCAGGUGCUACCUUGCUCCUCGGCUGAAGCCAUUUCCAGCUUAGCGUCCUACCUCGGUGAGGACCGUUUAGACCUGGUGGUUAUGGAUCAUGAGCCUGAGCAGUACCUUCAAGAUUUCCUUGCCCUUCAAAGACAGAAUCUGCUCUCUAAACACAGUUUCCUGGUGUUAAACAGAGUUAUGGAAUCUGGAGCGCAGGUCUUGCUGGAGUACCUCACCUCCACGCCACAGAAGUACACUGUGUGUAAGCAGGUUAAAGACAUGCUGGAGAUCCACUGUCAUACAGACUGAGAAGAGACAUUAUACAGGCCAUGAUUUUAGGUUUGAAAUUUUUUAUUAGUUCAACAUUUACACAGUAAAAUCCCCAGGGAUUAAUUAACACUCAGAAUGUGUAAUUAACACUUUACAGUAUUUAUUUAGGUCCAGUUACAUUUAAAUAAGCUCCAAAAGUGGUAAAUCAACACAGAAUUUUAUUGUGUAUGAAAGACUUCAUUGAGUUACAUAUGUUCAUAUAAAGUACAGUAUAUUAUGUUAAGUGGGUAAUAUUGUGAGUUUAAAUGAAUGAAUU